CUGGCUUAUUGCUAUUGCAGAGAGUGUUCUUGCCUCCCCAGUAUAUGGUGUUGCUAGAUAUAUGAUAUGUCUAAAGAGAUCAGUGUCUCUAAAUAAUUACAGAAUGCUGUACUUUCCUGCCCGUGUCUGCAGGUACAUCCGAAUUGUUGGAACCCACAACACAGUGAACAAAGUUUUCCAUAUUGUGGCAUUCGAAUGCAUGUUUACCAACAAAACCUUUACCCUUGAAAAGGGUCUGAUAGUUCCCGCCGAGAACGUUGCAACCAUCGCAGACUGCGCCAGCGUGAUCGAGGGCGUGAGCCGGAGCCGCAACGCCUUGCUCAACGGAGACACCAAAAACUAUGACUGGGACUCGGGCUACACGUGCCACCAGCUGGGCAGCGGAGCCAUCGUCGUGCAGCUCGCACAGCCCUACAUGAUUGGAUCCAUACGGUUGCUACUUUGGGACUGUGAUGAUCGGAGCUACAGCUACUACAUUGAGGUUUCAACAAAUCAGCAGCAAUGGACGAUGGUGGCUGAUCGUACAAAAAUUUCCUGCAAAUCCUGGCAAACAAUCACUUUUGAUAAACAGCCUGCAUCUUUCAUCAGAAUCGUUGGCACUCACAACACAGCUAAUGAGGUGUUUCACUGUGUGCAUUUUGAGUGCCCAGCACAGAGCAGCACCCACAAGGAUGAGGGCAGUAAGGACGUGGCAGCAGCAGAUGUGGGGGCUGGAGGACAACAACUUGUUGCUCGCCCCGUUCGAGCUUCUAGCACCAGUUCCCUGCAUUCCCCUCCUGGAUCCACCUCGCGUACACAUGCUCACCAACCAUAGAAAGGACUGAAAGGGAGCUUUGGAAGACCCAGUGACAUUAUAUGAAAUUAUUCACAACCUUCUUGUGCUGGCACCUUUUUUUUU